UGAUUAUGAUAGGGAAAAAAUAUAUUCAUUAGAUUUGGGUGACAAUAAUGAGGAGGAUUCUGCAUUUGUUCCUACUUUCGAGCGUAUGCCCAAUUUGGCUAUUUUAAAAAUGUCAAGAUGUUCACUGGUCAACGCGAAGCUUUCGAAUGAAAAUGAUCUUCCUGCGCUCAAAUAUGUAGACUUUUCAGUAAACAACAUAAACAGUAUCCAAGUAGUUCCCGGUGAACAUGAAUACAAAACGCUGGAGAAAUUGAAUAUAUCACAUAAUUAUUUAGUUAUUAUACAAGAAGCCGUUUUUGAUUCAUUACCGAAUAUAGAAUCGCUAGAUUUGUCUCAUAAUUAUAUCUAUACACUAGACAUAAUGUCUUUUGAAGGUUUGAGAAAACUUUUGUAUUUGAAUCUUUCAUACAACCGACUAACCAAAAUUGAUUCGUCUCUUUUGAGAUUUUAUAACUUGAUAACAUUAGAUCUAGGCCAUAAUAAUAUACAAGUAAUAAAAUCCAGUGAUUUUGGAAAGCUAGUCAAUUUAAAGACUAUUAAACUUGAUUCUAAUGAAAUAAAUACCAUUGAAAAGAAUGUGUUUGACAAUAUGGCAUCAUUGACAACAAUCGACCUACGAAACAAUUACUUAGAAAGUAUUGAUAGAGACACGUUUAUAAAUGUCACAAAAUUAACGACCGUCUACCUUUCUAGAAACAAAUUAAAAAUCUUACCUAAAAAUAUGUUCCAAGGUAAAGUUAUAUUUAAUUUUACUAUAGAGGGAAAUGAACUAGAAGGGUCAGUUGAAAGAGGUUCGUUUGAAGGAUUGGCAAUGGUAACGGAACUAGAUUUAAGUGGCCAACAUUUAACCUCGGUAGAAAACUAUGCAUUUGCUGGUCUUCAAAAUUUAAAAACGUUGUUAUUGAACAACAAUGAAAUGGAAUCACUAAGUAACUAUUCCUUUAAAGGUUUACACUAUUUGAAUUGCUUGGAUUUGUCAUAUAAUAAAAUACAAAAACUGGAUAUUGUGACCGAAGACCUCACAGGACUGCAAAUAUUAACACUGCAUCACAACAAAAUAACAUAUAUUUCGAGUAAUCAUUUCAUAGCAUUGGGAUCGUUGCAGUUGCUUGAUUUAUCUCAUAAUAACAUAUCACAUUUAGGAUCUAACUCUUUUCGUUAUUUGCAAAGUUUGUUAAAUUUCAAAAUUUCUGACAAUCCCCUCCACGGUUCGAUAGAAGAGAAAACUUUUGACGGCUUAAGCUCUUUACCAAGUCUUGAUAUUUCUGGGACUUUAAUCACUACUGUUAAUAAUGGCUCAUUUAUGGGUAUGUCUCUUUUGUGGGAACUAAAUGUUUCACAUAGUAACAUAAGUGAACUACAAUAUAAUUCUUUGUCUUACGCGAGCAAUAUUCGAACAAUUGAUCUUUCAUAUAAUCUUCUGAGUGUAUUCGACGUUAAUACAACUGACUUAAGAUAUUUGAAAACUUUAGUGUUAAAUAAUAAUAUGUUACAAGCCAUUUCACAAACAUUAUUUAAUGGACUUAGCAUUCUAAGUACGGUUAUUUUGUCGCACAAUCACAUUCGCACGAUACACAAAGAAGCGUUUUACGCUUUACAAGAUAUUCGUAAUUUGGAUUUAUCAUAUAACCCGGAAUUAGAAUUUGAUGUACCGUUAGUAGAAAAAGCUCAAAAUCUAGCAAAUCUUUUUCUUUCGGGAACAAAAGCUGAAGUGACUUUUGAUAAAGUAAAUGAUAUGCCUCUAACAAAGUUAGAAAUGGCUCAUUCAAGUAUACAGAACAUAAGCCAGUUAAAACUACAUAAACUGCAACGUUUAGAAACAUUAGUGUUAAGUAAUAAUGUCGUUUCAAAGCUUGAAGUGGGUGCCUUAUCUAAUCUGACAGCACUUAGACAGCUAGACCUCAGUUAUAACAACUUAUAUUACAUCCAACCAGGAGCCUUCAAAGACAAUACCUAUUUGAAACUAUUAAACAUUUCUCACAAUAUGAUAAUGGAAAUUAAUUACGGAAUUUUCCGAGGUCUUCUUUACGUGGAAGUUAUAGAUUUGUCAUAUAAUAAAAUAAAAAGUUUACACCGGUCAAGAUUUUACGAUAUUGAGCAUUUAAAUACUCUCAUAGUAGAUAACAAUGAAAUUGAUUUCAUUUCCGACGAUGAGUUCGUAGGGACUGGUUUGUCUAAACUCAGCAUAGGGGGUAAUCCGCUGCCUUGUGAGAUAUUAGUUAGUAUAGAGAAAAAGAGCUACGAGAUGAGUAUAACGUCUAUUAGUAAUGAUUUGACCAAAGAAAAUGUGAACGGAGUUACUUGUAACAAAAAUGGCUAUAAUAACAAUUUCAAACCUGCGUCAGCGCCAGUUGAACAUGACAAAUUGCUCCUCGACAUAAGAAAUAUAUUAUACAAUGUGUCUCAAAAGCAGACAUUUAAAGAACAAGACGGAAUUAUAAACCAUGAAUCAUCCCUCACCAAUUUAACUAAGCAACAACUAACUUUGAUUCAAAAUUUGUCUUCAGUUAGUAAUUUAACUCUGGAUUUAGUUAAUCUGAAUAAUAAUACUAAUUUACUUUUACAAAAACUGAACCAAGACAGCAUAAAUUUGACUUCGGCCUUAGUUAAUGCAAACAGCAAUACAAACUUACUAUUAGGGAGACUAUUGCGUGUGUUAACAUCAAAAGACUCUAUAUCCAAAACGACCAUCGAACCAAUACGUGUGGAUAAAGAAAAUACCACAUCAGAUCAUUUAAUCCCUUAUAUCAACAAAAUUAAACAAAACUUAGAAGAGACUAUAGCUGUAGAGAAUCAAAACGUAAUUCUUGACCUUAACAGUAAAAUAGAGAAGCUAAAUUCUCGAAUGGAUUCAAUUUCAGUUGCAAAACCUACUCACGAAAAGUUACUCGGAACAAAUGAAGACAGGCAAAAAACUUCAAUGUUUACAGAGGUUUGUGUUGGAUUGAUUUUGGCAAUUCUAGUCGGUUUUAUUUUAUUUAAAGUUUAUAAAUCUAGGGUGUAUGUACCCAGUGCCCGGUCACUCACGAGUAGUACUCGGAACAUUGCUGAAUCUAUGGAAAGUGCGCACUUGUAAAUAAUCAAAUAUAAUGUUAAUUUAACCCUGUAUGUCACCGGCCAGCUGGCUACUAAUGCACUGUUAACUAACAAUUCGAAGCCUCGUUAAAAAAAUAAGACUCAGUAUUAACUUACAAAAAUUUACCUACAUUUAAAUUAUUCUGCAUUCAUUUGUAUUCUAAG